AUGGCUGCUUCUAAAGAUGCGAAAUCGAAUGCUUCAAAGAUGCACCGUCGUUCGCGCACAGGCUGCUAUACUUGCCGUCUUCGUCGAAAGAAGUGCGAUGAAGGCAAGCCAGGCUGCAAAGCAUGCACUCACCUGGGUGUUUCAUGCGUUUACAAACGUCCAAUGUGGUGGAGUAAUACCGCUAAGCGAGCAGAACAAAAGGAAAUGGUCAAAGAAAGGAUCAAGUUGACUCAGACUGCCAAAAAGACGAAAGAUGCGAGCACACCACCUCCUAGUCUGUGCAAAACCGAUACCUUCUCGGACUCUAAGCCAUCUUCGCGGACGCCUUCGGUGUGCACGCCGUAUGCUCAAGAGGUCAACUUUACGCAAGUCUCACCAGAAGGUUAUUUUGCUCUGCCACAACCAGAGGCACUCAUGUCCCACCCGCCGUAUCCUGUACUUUCCCCCUACGAGGUCGACAUCAAGACCGAACGCCAAAUAUUCAUUAACGAUGUUCCGACUCGCCGCGAUUCUACCAUCUCGACCUUUAGUACAUUCCAGCCGCCGCCGAUGGGAUCAAGCUGCCAUGGCUUCGCUCCCGAGAGCUGGGUACAGCAAGACUACUAUGAGAUGCAACAAGAGUCCUUUACUGAGGAGCCUGUGAACUUUGACUUCUUUGAUCUACCACACGGAAAGACCACACCGAAUCACGAGACUGUCAUCGAGGUAGACGAAGUUGACAAGCCUUUACUCAAUCACUUCAUCCAAAAGGUCUCAAAACUUAUAUUCCCAAUCCUAGAUGCCAAUCAGCAUAGUUCGACCCGUUCGGACAUUAUUCUACCUGCAUUGGAGACGAAUAAGAGCUACUUGCACUGCUGUUUGAGCGUAUCCGGACUGCACAAGAAAUCGACCGAAGACGCUCCUUCAGAAAAGAUUGACGAGCACAUCCUGCGACACCGCUACGCAGCGAUUUCCGAGCUCUGCGCCGCGCUGAACGAAGACAAGAACCACGCCCAGAUUCUUGAAGCUACUCUUGGCAUGAUCUUCUUCCAAUGCUCCGUAGGACGAGCAACAGACUCGAUCCCGGACAUUCCUUGGCAUCAACACUUCCAGGCUGCUGCUGAUCUAGUAGAUCGCCUUGAGCUUCCUACCACUGUCGUUGGCGCCAUGCAAUGCGGAGAUGUUUCUCGUCCUCCAUUCAACAUGGCUCUCACAGCUUGGAUCGACAUUCUCGGAUCGACCAUGCUUGGUCGCUACCCCAGAUUUGCAGAUACGUAUCGCGACUUGAACAUUGGCAAAGGCAGUGCUGGUCUGUCCGAGCUCAUGGGCUGUGACGACAAGAUUAUGUUCUUGAUCUCAGAGAUUUCCUGCCUUGAGGCCCACAAGCUGGAAGGCAUGGAUGACCUUGUGCUGUGUGACUACGUCAAGAUAUUGGGACACAGCAUCGGCUACUGCGAGCCAGGGCCCGGUGCUGUGAAGAGCGCUUUCUCCGGCACGGGAGCGAUCAAACCCAAGCAGCUCAGCAUCAAUGUGACGGCAGCCUUCAUGUACGCUGCUCGCAUCUACCUUUGUUCUCUUGUCCCUGGCUUCCGACUCGACGAUCACAACGUGACCAGUCUAGUCAACGCUUUUUGCAGUGUCAUGGAGUACAUUCCGGCUGGACCGGAAGGCCAUGACCGUUCAUUGGUCUGGCCAUUGCUUGUGGUCGGGUCGGUCUCUCUUUCAACAUCACCUUUCCGCAGCAUGUUUGAAGAACGAUGCACACGACUAGGAGAAGCCGCCAACUUUGGCUCCUUUGGUCGCGUCCGUGAGCUCUUCAUGGACGUCUGGCUGCUGGUGGACAGUGAAGCAGCAAUGGGAAGCUACCAAAACGUCUCCUGGCGAGACGUGAUGAGACAGAAGGAGUGGGACUUUUUGUUGAUAUGA